AUGGUAUUAGUGAUGAUUGGAGAAUCGGUGGCUAAAGAAAUAAAAAAUGUUCCUCUUUCAAACAAUACGAUUAGCCGCCGUAUUCAUGACAUGGCACAAGAUAUUAAUGAGCAAAUUGUUGAGAAACUUUCAGGCUUAUUUGCCAUUCAACUUGAUGAAGCGACGGAUAGUAGUGACGAUGCUCCAUUGAUAUGUUACGUGCGGUACAUACAAGAAACAAAUGUGUGUGAGGAAUUUUUAUUUUGCAGAAAAAUAUGUGAAAGUGGUAAGGCUACUGAUCUAUUUGAGAUCUUAAAUUCAUACAUGAUCGAAAGUAAUAUUAAAUGGGAGAACUGUGUGGAUGUGUGUACGGAUGGUGCUCGACCGAUGUCUGGACAGUAUGGAGGACUACAAGCUCUCAUCAAAACCAAGGCUCCAAAUGUAAAAUAG